CCCGGCCUACUCCGAAUCAUUUACAGAGCCCGAAAAAGAAUAGGGGGAAGCACAGAUAGCAGGGAGAAGCCUUCCUUCCUCCUUGCCUGAGAUAGCUCAAGGGCCAUCAAGGCACCAAAACGUUCUCGUGAAAAUAGCAAAUAUUUCUUUUGCGUGAGAAGCAGCGCUUCCUUCUCCGUGACAAUAGGCUAAUAAUCUUUUGCACCAAAGAGUGACUGAUAACUAGAAUCCACUAGUGGGUUUUUUUCUUCUCCUCUCAUUUUUGAUCAAUAUGCAAUUUCAAAUACCCAGAUGGCGAAACCUGGCGGUGAUAAAAAAUUCAUUGAUUUCAUCUACAACAACAGCAACCCAUUUUGCUUCCUUUCAUUCUACCCCUACUUCAUGUCAGAAGUGGACGAACAAGUGGAAGUCUGAUAUAAAAGGAGGUCAGGAACCAACUAAGAAUUACAUCAGAUAUGCAACACGUCAAAAGCGUGCUGAUGCAAAGAGAGCUCUAAAAGACCUCCUGUUCAAAAGUGGGUCCUCAAAAGUUCAGAAUGAAGAGAGGAUGAUGAGAGUUGAAAUGGGAAACUGCUCUCAUGCAAAGCAGGAGGGUCAUUCAUAUAGCUCUGGUAAGAAAGGUGGAUCAAAGUUUUCUGCCCAUCAUGCUGACAAAAUUCACCACAAGAAAAUAAGACGUAAGUUGAGAAAAAAGAGUAUUUCUGAGGACUUCGAUGAUGAUCCGGAGCCAAUCUUUAAGGCAACAUUUGGGAACAAAUGGUAUACAUGGACUUUUAAGUCAUGGCAGGAAUCUUCUUUCCAGAAUUCAACAUCUGGAUUUGAGUGGAGAGAGCGUUCAAGCUGGAAAAACAGUAGAGCUAAAAGAUGGGAAACUCAGAGUGAAGCUGAGUCUGAUGAAGAUUCAUGUGCUGUAGGAUCACGCUCUGAUAGAACUAUACUUGGUCUGCCUCCAACAGGCCCUUUGAAGAUAGAAGAUGUUAAAAAUGCUUUCCGCUUAUCAGCUUUAAAAUGGCAUCCUGACAAACAUCAAGGCCCUUCACAGGUAAUGGCCGAAGAGAAAUUCAAAGUGUGUGCUAAUGCAUACAGGUCGCUGUCUAGUGCUCUCUCCCCAGCUUAACUAGUCAGUUUUUGGUUCAAAUGCCUUAAGACGCUCCGUUUCAUAACAGGUUAGCUUUACCUUUGGAGCAGCAAUUGUAUAAUUUAUAUUUAUAUUAAGUUAUAUGCCUUUUCAUAAUAAGUAAUGUCCAAGCUCCAUUUCUUAUAAUUAUUGACUGCUGACUCUAUCCUAGAUGUUAUAAU